AUGGACAUCGACAGCGUAGCACUGGAGUCGUUCCUCGAGCUCAACUUCCCAUCUGAGCUCAACUUCUCAACUCCUAUCGACUUCCACUUCAACAACAGCAGCAACAAUCACAACAGCGGCGAAACGGUAGCUCAAUGCACACAACAGUCCGCCGUGAGCAGCAACCCAUUUCCACAUUCCUCGACAUCAGGCCUCAACCCCGCAGUCCCGCUGCCCAACAACCCCACCUCCCAGCCGCAAAACUCUGGAAGACCACUGCGAUCCUGUCGACUCAACCCGGACUAUAACCUGAGACCACGCUCAGUCCAGGUACGGAUAGAGUCUGAACAGCGUCGAAGACAAGUAACCAAGAAGGAGCCCAAGCCCAAGCAGAAGCCGCCUCCUCUCUCCAAGUACAGGCGAAGAACGGCGAACGCGAGGGAACGCUGUAGGAUGCAGGAGAUCAACAGGGCCUUCGAGGAGUUGCGGGCUGCCGUGCCUGUCAUCCCCGCACUGACCAAAGAGGAGGAACGCCAGGAGGAGUUGAGGCGGCAACAGGACAAGAACGGCGACUCCAACAAGCUCACCAAGAUCACCACGCUGCGGCUGGCCGUCAACUACAUCGCGGCUCUCACGCAGAUCCUCAGACAAGCGGACGAGGCCGACGAGAGGGCGUCUGAAGUGGACUCGGUGCAAAGCCUCGAUUCUCUCGAAUCCAGCUUGGACUUUGGGGACGAUCCGUUACUGAUGCCUUCAGACCUGGUCGGCAUGAUCCUCGAGUCAGACGGAGAGAGCCUUCAACUCAGCGACGAGUCUACGCCUUGAAAGAAGAGAUCGACUGAAGUAAGUGCCCCUCACGCUUGAAGACGAUAACUCAUGGUGUCUUCGUCGGAUCCUAGGGUGCCUUCGUUCACGGAGGACAACGGUUGUGAGAGCUGUCUUCCAGACAACGUCCCGCCACUAGAGUUUUGUGACAGUCCUACAAUAGGGAUCGGGUA